AUGGGGUGCCGGCCGUCGGCGAGCUGCUUCGCCUGCAAGGCGAGGAAGGUCAAGUGCGACCUGCAAAAGCCCUUCUGCAACCGCUGCAUAUCCCUAGGCCGGCAGUGUCCGGGCUACGCGGACCCGUGGACGGUCGUCCACCGCCAGCAGAAUGCCUCCGCGGCGCACCAGGUCCAAGUCCGCGUCGCCAAACGGCUCAAGGAGCGCGGUGACGCCCCGACGUUCCUCGCCCGGGCGGAGGGCAGCUCGCCCGAGAGCCAGCGCAGCGACUCGUCCGAGGAGGAGGAGCUGAUCCGCCGGAUCACGGUGAUGCCGCGCGCGGUGCAGUACGACUCGGAGAUCUACUCGAUGCGGCACUUCCGGUCAAACUACACGUCCGGCAACGAGGUCGGCUUCUUCGAUCUGCUGUUCGAUCUGAAGCCGCCGGUGAACUCGCCGGGCGUGUUCGAGGAGGCGGUGAAGGCGACGGCGCUGGCGAGCUCGUCGCUGCAGCUGUGCCAGGCGGGCAUGAUGGCGCAGGCGAAGCAGCAUUAUGGGAGGGCGAUGAUGAAGCUUAGUGCGGCGCUGAGGGAUCCGGAGAAGGCGAAGGAGGAUUCUGUUGUGGUUGCGUUUCUCACUUUAGGCCUUUUUGAGGGUAUUGCUACGUGGCUGGACAAGGCCUCGUUGGCGUUCAUCGCUCAGUUGGGGAUUCUCGAGAUAUUCAUCGGUCAAGAUGGCCGGUCGCCAAUACUGACUGGCUUAACCCAAGCUACGUGGGCGCAGGGACAAGGCGGCGUCGUCGAGGCUCUCAUCGCCCGCGCCAUCGACUACAAGUUCACCGUCCUAAAAACCACAUCCUCCCCCUCCAUCCACGACGCCUCCGUCGACAGGGUCACGGCCGUCUUCAAAGAAGGCAUCGAAAUCAUCCGCGACCUCGAAGCCGCGGCAAACUACCGCGUCGCCACCCCGUCCCCGCGCCAGUCCCCCCCGGCGGCAGGCCUCCCCGACCCCGGCGUGAACACCUUCAACGGGCUCCUGCGGCGCGACUCGCCGGCCUCCAACGCGAUCGCCAAGGGGCUGUACCUCACGGUGCGCCUGCACAUGGUCGAGCAGAUCCUCUCGCUGCUGAUCGCGCUCGGCGAGCCGACGCGCGAGCAGCUGCGCGCGCUGGUGGAUCUGCCGCACGGGCUGACGGCGAUGGAGCAGGUGUGCGAGCAGAUCCGGGUGAUUUUCGGGUUCGACGGGCGCGAGAGCGUGUGCAAGGAGCAGGGCAUGGGGUUCCAGGCGUGGUGCAUGUUCUGGCCGAUGAUUGCGGUGCUGAAGUCGGCGCUGGCGGAUAAGGAUACGAAGUUGUGGGUGCUGGACAAGUGUUUGACGGUGAGCCAGGCGAGCGGGUUCGGGAUGGCGAUGUAUCAGAUGGGGUGGUUCCAGGGCGGUCCGUCGGAGAUGGCCAUUAUUGAGUAA